CCUGGCAGCAGAAGUCCACCCGGUUUUCGGGGUUGAUAGAUUUGGUGCGCACUGCCCGGUGGCGGCAUUCGUCGGCUAUGUUCUUUGCGCCGCUCGCAAGCGCGCGCGUGUCCCGGAUCCGGGGGUGUUGAUUUGACGAGCUGCCGCAGAUUCAGUGCAGAUCGCCAGGUGCGAGCUAGCCGACUCCCCUCGCUCGAACAACCACAGCACAGUGCACUAGCAGUGGCCAUUUGGAAAUCAGCCUGGGGGGAAACGGGUGCUAAAUGGAAGAACUGAGCAAAGAUCAGUUGAAAGUGCUGCGUGAUGCGUUCAAUGCGUUCGAUAAGGAGAAGACGGGCAGCAUCCCGACCGACGUCGUCGGCACGAUUCUCGAGCUGCUCGGCCACAAGCUGUCGGAGGAGGAGCUGGACGAGGUGAUCGAGGAGUACGACGAGGACGAAUCGGGCCAGCUGGAGUUUGAGGAGUUUGUGGCGCUCGCCUCGAACUACGUCGAGCCGGAGGAGGACUACGAGGCGCUGCGAAAGGAGCUGCGCGAGGUGUUCAUGAUGUACGACAAGGAUGCGAAGGGAUACCUCCCGGUGGAAGAGUUCAAAGCGAUCCUGCGCGAGCUGGACGGUGCCGUGCCGGAGGAGGAGCUGGACGACAUUGUUGACGAGAUUGAUGCCGACGGAUCGGGCACGGUAGACUUUGAGGAGUUUAUGGAAGUCAUGACAGCCGACUACUACGCGUAAAACAUCUGCGCUGGCAUAUGGGGCAUAUCUUGGCGUGGCAAACGAAACACCGGCGCUCUGAUGACGCACAGCAACCAGCACCUCCUCCCAUACGUGCAGCAUUUGGAGUAGACGAGGCAAACCGAUGCUGUGCAGCUGACACACAAGCGCACUUUUGCAGAACAAUCCAUCCACCAAGUACAACAGUCGGGCCCGGGAGGACGACCGAUGCGUUUGUGUGUCUGUAGUGUAGAAACCAAGCGCACGCUUACUAAGAUGCUUACCGAGACAAAGCCAAGCAUAGAGACUAGAUAAUUAGUAUACCAAAGACACACAAGAGGAGACAGAGAGAGAGAGAGAAAUAGACUUUGGAGUGGUUUCGUUUUUCCGCUUGCCGCAUUUCUGUGAAUCAUCCACCGGCAGCAGGAUAGGCGAAGGCUUAGCCACUAAUGUUUCAUGUUCAUUCUCGCAAAAUCAUAUCUUACACAGCUUCACCACGCCUUUACCACGCUUUACCACGCGUUUUGCGUAGUGCAAGGUCUUGUCAACUGAACUGAAAAUAAAUAUUUCAUGCGUUUUAGGAUAACACAACCUGUUUGUCUUCACGUUGAAAUGAAAGGCAGUGUGGAGUGAACGUAUGGGGACAAGAGGACAGGCGCAUAUGGUGGAGAGAAAAAAAAAACAAAAGCCUCAGAUAGCAGAAUGGCAGCUAAAGCCGCCGGUGGGUUAUCAUUCGUAAUUUCCUUUUCGUAAGAAACAAGACAAGAAAAGAACCAAAAAAAAACAGCCUUACCCCAUCACCCGAAUGUGGCAUUCAGCGCAAGGGCGCAUUCACAUACACACAUAUUUGUAUACCACUAUGGUGCACAGAGACAGACAGACCGAUAUGAUAGCGGGAAGACUCCUUCUUUUCCACACCGACAAAAACGGAACACCCAUCCAGCCGGUAAAUCGAGCACGGAAACUGUUUAGGAGCUACCGGGAGAGGAGCCAGAACCUUGCGGAACCUAAAUAUAUUCAGCCGUAGUUGGAUUAA